AUGACUUUGGUGCCCUCAAUCGCUGAGCUGCCAACAGAAUUAGCGCUUGAGAUUCGGCACCACUGGGCCAUUGCACCUAAGGAGAAUGUGAGUCUGUUUCCACACGAGCGAUCCAGAGGCCCCAACGGCCAUGAUUAUUACCUACCACAACACUAUCGUCCAACGCAGCAUUCCUUUACAGCUUUGGAUGGUCUUGAGAAACUUCAAAGCAUCAAGUUGGAGUGCGUACCCGAACUCGACGAGUCUGUGAUGGCGCAGCUUCUUGGUAGUUCAAAAAUAGGCUCAAACCUUUCGUCUCUAGAGCUCAGAUUCUGCAUGCUGGCCGAUGAGGCUAUCACCCAACUGCUCUAUCAUGCGCCACCCAAUUUGAAGCACCUAGUCAUCCUUACCAAAGCGCGCCAUCAUUCUCAACAUCAUGAUGAGGAGGGAAGCACAAGGGUUCAAAAGGAGACUCCACAUCUAUGUCCGCUAUUUCGGAAAUUAGGAAAAGGCUUAGCUUAUCUGGAAUAUGGCGCGAAUCGGAUAUGUCGAGAGCUUUUCUUUGAUGACCUUGAGAUAGAGAGCAUUGCAAAGGACGGGAUUUUGACUAAUCUGGGCAUGAGGGGGGUGGGACAAUGA